CCCCAGAAUCUUGAAGAAUCUCUCAGCCUUUGGCGAGCGGCCAUCUCUGCGCUACCAGAUGGGCACCCAGACAAAGCGUCCUACCAGUCGAAUUUGUCUGCUGUGUACCUAGCACGGUAUCAGCUCCGUAAUGAUAUGGAAGAUCUGGACAAGUCUAUAUUAGCCAUUCGAUAUGCUAUCAGAGGCACUCCAACCGAUGAUAUGCAUUGGGUCGUGUACAAGUACAUGGCUUCUUCCCUAUAUUACAAGCGAUGGCUCAAGACCACUCAAAAAGAAGACCUCGAUCGCGCCAUUGAGGCAGGAAGGCAGUCUCUGGCGGCAUUACCGAGCAAGCAUCGAUACUCCUCCAAGUAUCAAGCAGAGCUCGCCACCAAGCUCCUUGCACGAUACGAAGAAAGAGGCGACCUCAAGGACGUCGACGAGGCUAUUGAGUUGUCGAAGGACGCAGCCGUCACCUUCGCUCAUGCCUCUUACCCUGCCGAGAGGACAACUACCCCCUCCAACAGGCUUGUUGCUCUCUCGCAGGCGUUCUUGAAGAGGUACGAAAAGACCGAUGAGAUGAGUGACUUGGACGAGGCCAUCAAACAUGCCCGCCAAGCCGCAACCAUGGCCGACAAGAGUCGGUCUGCUGAACGCCACUUCGUUCACUUUAAUUUGUCGAGUCUUAUUUAUACUCGCUUCGAACGCCUCGCCACUUUGGAGGACUUGGAUGAUUCCAUCACCCACAGCACCAUCGCCAUCGAUGCAACUCCAGGUUCUAAGGACCAGAAAGAUAGAGAAGAGCUCGCUGAGAAGUUGUCCGACCUCUCAUCCCGCCAUCUUACACGAUUCGAAUUCCAACGGACGCCCGCAGAUCUGGAUGCUGCAGUCAACUAUGCACGUACCGCUCUUGACCUUCGGAAAGCCGGAGAUGGGGACGGCCCCUUGGCCCUCUCAGCGCACCCACCAGCUCGCUACGCCCUAGCACUAGCACUGUUUAGGCGUUUCGAACAAGUUGGCGAUAUCAAGGAUCUGGACGGCGCAUUGAAGAACGCCCAGCUCGCUUACGAUGCAGUGGCCACUCCCAUGACCUCGCCCGUCAAAAACUCUUUCGGCUCGCCAACCUCAAAGACCUUUGGUCGUGCUGCCCCGG